AUCUUUUGACACACAGGUACGGUUCACUAGCUUUUUAAAACUUUUAAAUCAUAGUCGAGUAUAAGAAUUACAUUUAUCUACCUUUAUUAAUGUCAACAUAGUAAUCUUCAAUAUGGAAGUUUCUUCACACUUGACUGAACAAAAUACUUCCUCUUCCAGUCACUGGAAAAUCCAGGAUAUUUGACAGAUCCUUCGUAUACUUCAAUCUUCAAACUACUGAACACAAACAUUGUUUUAGUCUGAAGCGAUUUCUUCGUAAAUGGAUGAGAAUAUGAAAAACAAUACGGCGAAAACUAUACAACAACUCAAUGAUGAGAACUUCCAGAGACUCUUAGGACCUACUAUAUUUCUGAUUAUUAUGCUGAUUGUUGGAAUACCAGGAAAUUUAACAGUACUUAUAAUAUAUGGACGAAAAUAUACUAAAAGUGUUUAUAGGACUAUAGUUUGGAAUCUUGCUAUUGCAGAUCAGAUAUUCUGCACAGUAGGGAUACCGUUUAACAUAGCACGUGUUGUUCACUAUUAUUCUUUUCAAGGAGAAUGGGCGUGUGUCGUGUUCGUCGUAAUGCUUUAUCUUCUCUUGUUAUAUUCCACACAUCUUUUGAUGUUGUUAUCCAUCCACAGAUUUCGGAAAAUAUGCAUGCCACUAAAAUCACAACUGACUGUAAGAAAUGUAAAUUACUGGGUCGUUGCUUGCCUGGGAAUUUCUGUUGUACUUUCGUCUCCACAGUUUGCCCUAUCCAAAUUUAGAAGAAUAGACAUUGGUCAAAAUUUAACUGGCACUACUUGUGCGAUAUCUCUCUCAAAUCCGUCUAUUUAUCAUACCGCUUUUAGCUAUGGAUUUCUAUCUUUGUUUGUACUUUAUACAAUAGUUUUGAUAUUUAUCUAUUCCAUGAUCGGCAGACAAAUGUAUACUCAAACACACCGGAGAAAGGAAAUGCAUGGUAAUGGUAUUCCGAGAUCCAUUUCAAGUAAGAUGACAAAGAUUGCCUUUGCCAUUUCACUUGUGUUUGCUUUAAGCUACAUUCCAGUCUUUGUUCUCCAAACAACGCGGAAAAUGAUAGCGGAAGAAGAAUUAAGCACUGGUGCUUUUUCUUUUCUUAAAAUUGCUGAGCGUCUUUACGUUGUUAAUCAUGUAGUGAAUCCGUUUAUAUAUGGAGUUUUUGAUAAUCAAUUUAAGCAACAUUUGAAAGAACUUGUCACUUUUAACUGUCCAAUUUGGAGUUCACGGAAAAGUUCAGAAUCACCUUCUUCACCAAAGUCGACCACCACCGGAUCAACAUCAACAUCUUCCAUGGAUACAUGUGAAAACAGUGUCAGUGUAAAUGAGAUUGGAGCAAAAUGCUGACACUUUUUUUGAAAGUAACACACUUUGUAAAGCCGUAAAACUGUACGAGAGUAGAUAAAUGUGAACGCUUGCGUUUAGUUAAAAAUAAUCUGAAACAAACGGGUGAUCAAUCAAUUCUAAUAUGGUUUUGAGCUAAAUCCAGAACUUUCAAAGAACUUAUUCUAGCGACCGAAAACAGACACAAAUAAGCCGGGUAAUCGUUAAAGCAAAGUAUGAGCAACCGACGUGUGUGUUCAGUCGAUUUAACUUUAUUCUAAUUUGAAGACGCUUUACCUCAGAAACAUAUGAUUCUGACUUUAUUUAUUACUGUUCAUGUUAGGAUUCACUUGUGUUCAAAUGUAAGAUGAUAUUUUUGUAAUGAACUUUAUAUUUAUAUUUACUUAAUAUACAUUAGAGAAAUUCAGAUCGCAAAUAAUUAUGCUUUAUUUAUUUUUGCGGAGCAUCUUUGAAAAAUUUAACUUUUAAGAACUGUUUAUUUCUAAAGUCACAGGACUGCUUUGUUUUAAGUCAUAUCAUUUUUAAGGGGCAUAUAUAAUCAUUUAUUUGGAAACUUGAAUUUUUUUCUAUUAGUUGAAUUGUAUUGGUUUGUAUAUUAUCUACUAUAUUUUUUUCAUCUUUGAUUCAAAAUCAGAGGAAAGAAUUACGAAACUAUAUCAUAACGCCUUUUUCCUCCCUAAUUAAUGUUAUAUGAUGGGUUUCUAACGUCCUAUCCUUAAUAACAUUAUAAGCUAUAAAGUCAAGGCAAAUUAAGGUAUUCAUGAAACCAGAAAUCAUGAAAAUGUACGAUGAUGCUGCAUGUUCUUCAUCAUAGGAUCAAGUUGUCAGUACAUCAUAAAAAUUUUAAUUCAUUCUUAACACCAAAAUGAGGAGUACUUCCCGACAUUAGUAGUUAUAACUGCUACAUGAUUAUGACACCUGUUGAAAACGUUGAUAACAUUUUAAAAGCAAAUACACAUACUCUUAAAAUAGAUAAAAGGGACUUUAAAGAUAUUGAAAUAAACAUAAAUAUUUGUUAUUAAAUUUCUAUACGUCUUUGUUAAUAUCUGUUUAAACAAAUUUUCCUUCUUCCUGGUUUAUAUGCUAUGACACUCCAAAAUUGAACAAAGAUUUUUAUUUGCUAAACACACUUCUCAAUAAUUUGAUUUCGAACCUUUCUAAUGAGCGCCAUUACAGAUUAUUUAUUAAAAUUGAUAUUACAUGAUAUUUUCCUUAUGAUUUUUUUUAACCAUUUAAUACUGUGUAUUUUUUUCAAAUGUCUCUGUGGGAUUUGAUCUUAAUAUAAUUGUACUGUAAACGAUAUUAUAUAUACGUAUUAUAAUUGUAAAUAGUUGAAAUAG